UCAGUGCAGAAAGUGCAUUUGUUUCCUGCAGACUUGGAACUAUAGCAAAAUGGAGAAAUCCAGAAGCAGUUUAAAAUCUCUGAAGAUGCAUGAAAUCCAAGAACUGCCUAGGCAUCAAAUGCAUGCAGCUGGGCAGUCUGUUGCUCCCCAGUGUGCCAGACAUCAAUUUCAGGACAGAGGUCAUGACCAUCUGGAUCAAGUUGGGUAUACCUGGCAUCAAGGAGGAAGGUUAAAAGAAUUCCAAAUCAGAUAUCUAUCGAGGAAAUUCUUCUAUCUGUGGGCUAAAAAGACAUUUGGACAAGUUCUCCCCUCCAAAGCCAGAUGCUUUCAUGACCAGAAGAUUCUUCAAAAAACUUUUGGAGAAUGGAAGGAGUGGUGGACUGUUUGCAGAGAAAGGAAGCUCAGCCUCAGAGCAGACAGCCAUUACAGGCAUUUACUCCAUAAAUUCAUAUUCAGGGCGUGGAGAGCCUAUGUAUGCCAGCAGCAAAGAAAGAGGAACAAAUGCUAUGUUGCAGAGUCUCAUGCAGAUAAACAAAAAUUGCUCAGGACCUGGCAGCGCUGGCUGCUUUAUGUUGAUGUUCAGAGGACAAAACAUGGGAUGCAGUCUGUGGCACUGGCAUUCAGGGAAAGAAGCUGUUUACGCAUAUCGUGGGCAGUGUGGAGAAGACGACACUACCAGAACUACACUGGACAUAAAAUGAAUAUUUUGGCUCUGCAGCAUUGGGCCCAGAGCCUGCAAUUUCGAGCUUGGUUGCAGUGGCGAGAGCUGUAUUUAUACAGCCAGAAUGACAAGCAGAAGGAGACUAGGGCAGUAACUCACCAUCAGCACUGGGAAUUGAAGAGAUGCCUGGAAGCAUGGCUGGGAUACUUAAACCUCCACAGAGCAAAGAAACUUCAGAAUGAGCUGGCCCAAGAGCAUCACCGAAGCAGGAUGGUCCGGCAGUGUUUCUCUGACUGGCGGCUGUCAUGGGAGUGCAGGAGAAGAAUGCAUGCUCACCAAAAGGACAUUGAAAAACUAGGAGCAAGGAUUGCCUUGUGGAGAGUCUUUGCGCACUGGAAGCAUUAUGUUGUACUGUGUGUGGAAGAGACUCAACAGUGUGAGCUGGCUGAAAACCACUACAAGCAUCAUCUGUUGAAACUUGGGUUUAAGGGUCUUUGGCAGAAUGUCGUGAACACUCAUCUUCAGCAAAUGAGAAAAAAUCUGUCAUACCGUCAGUAUCAAGUUACAGUGCUUCAGAAGUUCUGGAACCGUUGGAAGUCCCGUUUGGAAGAGAAGGAGGAAGAACAGCACCAGGCCUUAACAUCAGUGGCUCAUGCCCGUUACAGGAGGGUGUUGAUGAGACAGGUAUUUGACACAUGGUUGCUGAAGGCGUGCAAGCAGCAAGAAUACCGAAUGGGAGAGCAGAGGGCUGUGCUUCAUUUUGAAAGGCAACUUUUGCGUUGUUUCUGGUGCUUCUGGUGUAGAAGAACAGCUGCACGUUUGGAGGAGCAAGAGAGCUUGGUUCGUGCAAGAGACCACUACAGUAACCUGCUCCUGCUAAAGGCUUUCUGUCUGUGGAAGCAAAAUACUCAGGAGAGAAAAACAGAGAGGCUCAAGGAGAUGCAAGCCUUAAGAUUCCACUAUUCAAAGUGUCUGCAGCAGGCUUGGAACAAGUGGAGGGAGUAUGUGGGACAUCAACAUGAGAAAUGGAGGAAGCUGGUGCAAGCAGACAUGCAUUAUCGGCACAAAUUACUGGGCAAGACCUUGGCAGCCUGGAAGAGUUACCAACAUAACAUACAGUGCAUUCUAUACCAGGUAGCUGAAAAGGAGAAACAGCACACUAGACUACUGCUUCGACAGCUUCUGUGUACGUGGAGAGAAAAUGCUCUUGCUCUUAUACAUGAAGCUAAGGCAACUACUCAGGCAGAUGAGCACUACAGGAGAGCAAUCCUGUCAAAGGUGUUGCUGCAGUGGAGAUACACUGCCUCGCUGCAAGUGUGUUACCGUCAGCAGAAGAUGACAGCUGUGAUGGAGGCCAGAAAACAUUUGGAUAUAGUGCAUUUACAGACCCUAUUUCUUCACUGGAAGGAGUUAACUAGGGAGUCUCUGAUGCUGAGGGCUCAGCAGCAUAGGGCAGUACAGCACCACCAGCAGCACCUACUCCAGAAGUACCUGGUGAAAUGGAAGAAGUAUCAUCAGCAAUGCCUUGGGAAAAUGCUGCUGCAGAGACAGGGAGAUAAGCUAAUGACUCAUAGACUUUGCUCUGCUUCCUUCUCUUGCUGGAAGACACGGCUGUUGCAGCAGCAAUGGGAAAAGCGGAAGACGGUGCAAGCAUUGUGGCACUGGUCCCUUUCAUUGCAGAGGAAGGUAUUUGAUGCUUGGCUCAGAUUUGCCAAGGGGCAACAGCAGAAGAAAGAUUGCAUUGAAAAAGCCACAGGAGCUUACGACACUGCUGUUCUGAGAGAAGGUGUAACCCAGGUCUUGAGAUACACCACUGGCAUGAAACAGUUGGGGGAUCAGCUCCAAGCCCAGCGCCAGCUGAAGGCAGCCUACAACCUUCACCAGUCAGUGUAUCGUUGUGCCAUGCUGUGGAAACAGAAGGCUCUCUCCAAGAAGUUAAAUAAGCCUUGUUCUUUUCUGCCACCUCUGAAGAAGCAAGUGACAUUUAAAAUGCCUGAUGUUAGCCCUGAGACAAGAGGACAUUCAUCAGAGGAAGAGCCAUGGCCUUCAAAAUGCAGUCAUCUACCAUUUCACCUUGCUGAUGGGGACUCGGUUCUCAGUCAUCUAAAUGCUAUUCAACAAGCAAGGUUACCAUCACAGAGGCCUGACUUCCUUCUGGAAUCUCUAGAAAGCAAGGAGCUGCUGGGACCUCCUUUUACUGGAUCACAGGCAUCCUUUCAGCAAAGAUCUGUGAACAAAUGUCCUGCGCAGACUGGGAACCUAAUGCUGACACCUCAAAUGGAAGAAAGUACCUGUAAAUGUCUCUCUCAAAUGGACAAUACCACUUAUUCCUAUCCAUGUCUCACACAUGCUGCUCUCCCGUCUGUACCCCUGUGGACACAUGAUGUGCGUCGUGCCGUUCAGAGGCCAGAGCUAUGGUCUCCUUCAUCUUUCGUGCCCCAAAUGAAAGCUGGAGCAGAAAUGAGACGAGAUCUGCCUGUGGGUGGUCACAAAGGAGUCCAUUCCCAAGAGUCUCAGCAGGACUCUGUGGAGCAGAAGUUGCGACCAAAUUUGCAGCCAUGUUUGCUGUCACCUGAGGACUUGGGGGGAAAAUGGAGUCACCAAAAUACAGCUGAAGGGGAAGAAAGGGAGCACAGUUCCAGAGAAGAAAUGGUGUUGCAGAGAAAGCUGGAAGUUGAACUUCGACACAUCCAACAGCAGAUGCAGUACUACUUCAGCAGGUUUGUUGCAAAGCCCCUUUAG